GGAGGAGGAAGAGGAGCAGGAGAAGGAUGUCUCUGUGUCGAACCCGGUUGCAUAUUACAAGUCGCUCAGGGCAAAGUACGAUCGGCUCAUGGAAGGUGCCGGGAAGGUGCAGAGAGGCCUUGGGGUGAUUGCUGACUCAGCAGAGAAGUUGGAGAUGCUGCUGACAUGGCGAGAUCCAAGAGCCACAUUCCUGCUCAUGGCGGCAUGCACGGGCCUCAUGCUCCUCCUCCUGCUGCUGCCCUUCCGCCCUGUGGCACUGGCCGCGGGCUUCUGGGCGCUCAGACACCCGCGGCUGCGCCGCAUCACGCCCACCAAGGUCAAGUGCUUCCUCGCGCGCCUGCCCACGCGCGCUGACACCAUUUACUGAGUGAGUGGGGCGGAGAAGUGUUUAUAACCGUCUGGCUGUUCAGCCUGCUGCAAGUGUGGUAUUCCAGGGGGGCAUUCACGGCUUCCAUUGCACAUAUUUAUGGCAAGCCCUGCAGUGCAGCAAGCUGGGAGGGCAGCAUGUUCCACCUGA